AUGGCUAUCGUCCAGCAGUUUAAGCCUACUGACUAUGCAACUCGGCAAGCGUUUGCGGAGACAAUGACUGAUUUGACGACUGAUGACAAAAUUGUCAUGAUGAGCGACGAGGCACAUUUUCAUCUGGAUGGUUAUGUCAAUAAACAGAACUUUCGUUAUUGGUCGCCUACAAAUCCUGAAGAACUGCAUGAACGUCCUCUGCAUUGUCCUAAGGUUACUGUGUGGUGUGGUGUAACUAAAAGUUGUGUGAUUGGACCAUACUUCUUUGAGGAGGGUGGUCGAACCGUUACGGUCAAUUCGCAACGCUACCUCCUGAUGCUGAAAAACGUUCUUCUCCCUGAACUCCAGAGAAAUCGUUUAGUGCGCCGGAGGAUGUGGUUCCAGCAGGAUGGGGCAACUUCACAUACAGCCAAUGAGGUGAUGGACUUCUUGAGAAGUAAGUUUCGUGGCCGAGUCAUAUCGCGUUUUGGGGACAUUGCAUGGCCGGCUCGCUCCCCAGACCUUAGCAUUAUUGUGAUUUUCCUGUGGGGGUUCCUUAAAGCAAGAGUAUACAAAAACAAACCCCGCACACUGGUCGAACUAAAAGAAGCUAUAAGCCAAGAAAUUGCAAACCUGCCUCCUGCAAUGUUAGAGAAGGUGUUCGACAGCUUCAGUGCAAGACUUGAAGAAUGCUUGGCCAAAGAAGGACGUUAUCUUCAGGUCUUAAAUGUGUGA